AUGACUUCUUACGACUGGCAAGGCAGAAAGCAUCGAUCCAAUGGUCACUCUCACGAGUACCUACCUCCUCGCGAGCAGGAUGUGCGCACCUUCGAUCGAGAGCGUCGCACUGAACCAUCACAUCGUCCACAGGGAGAUCAGCAGGAUGCACGCCACGAGUCCACGCGCAGUAGCUACAAUUCACAGCCCAGAUCCUACUUCGACUCUCGCAGAUAUCAUCUGAACGAUCCUAGCGCUCGUGCCAGAGAUCAGCAGGCACCUGCAGGUUUCAAAAGCCAGCAAGCAUCAUGGAUUCCGUUGUCUCCAGCAGAGAAGAACUUCCCUCGACAUUCCGACGACGCACCACGAACACAAGAUGCGCGACGAAACAAAUACCACAAGGAAGGAACACCACCAGCAGAUGCGCGCAGAUCUCGGCUCAUCACGCCUCACUCAGAGUACGACAUCAUCAAGCCGCUCGAAAGCAGACCAGGUGUACCGGUGGCUGGCGGCAUGAACGCCGGCAUCUUCCUCCUCGAGCAUCGAUCAACCCGCGAGCUUUACGUCGAAAAGCGCCUCCGAAUGCGCGACGAAACCGACUGCGCCCGCGUAGCGUCCGAACAAUCCGCCCUCUACGAGAUCCGCAAAGCAGGUUCAUGCACCCACAUCGUCGACGUGAUCGAAGCCUUCGCUCCCUCUAUCUCUCCACCCUACUGCAGCUUAGUCCUCGAAUACUGCAACAGCGGCACAGUCAAGGACUUCAUCGAACGCUACAUCGAAGAACGAAAAAUCACACCCGAGCCCUUCGCGUGGCACAUCUUCGCUGGCGUCACGGCGGCUUUGUGUGCUUGCCAUUAUGGUACCAUGGACGCUAUGCACUCCACGACCAGUCCACGACGAUGGGAACCCAUCUGUCACCUCGACGUCAAACCUUCCAACAUCUUCCUCACAUCUACAGGCCGGACCAACGCCUACCCACGCGUGGUACUCGGCGACUUCGGCUGCGCAGUGAGGGAGGAAGACAUCGACUCGGGCGGGUGCUGUGGUGCAGGCUAUGUGUCGGCUGUUGAGUGCGCCGAAUCAAGGGCUCGUGGAGGAAGAGAGGCCUUGCGGUAG